AACGAGACCGCUGCUUGAGGUACAAAUCUUCUACACCAGCUACUAUAUUGUGUAUUGGACAUUGGAUGCUGAAAAUCGCCGCUCUAUUGAGAACGUGCGUUGUUGGUUUUCAUGUGGUGUCAAGUCAGCAUUUGGUCAAUGGGAGAAUACUUUAAUCUGCCCGUUGAAUAUCUGUACUGCCCUUGGAAUCUUUCUUUGUGUCAGUGGAAACAAUACAAAAUCUGAAAUGUUAAGGGCGAUGCAGUUAUCUGACCAUUCGAAUGCUAUGAGGUUGAUUGUAGGAUCUGUCAACUUUUAAAUAAAUGUUCGAGACGCAGUGAUAGUGAUGAGAUAGUCCUGCUUAAAAUUUGAGAAUCAAGGAGCAGUUCUGCAUUAAUUUGGAGACAUACUACGAUACCGAAUGAGAACAUGUGAGUUCAUGUUUUGUGUUACCAGUUUUGCACGUGUAGAUGGUAUUUGAGACCAUCAUUUAUGGUUCUGGAAAGUGAAUGAAUCAGUGGGUUAGUGAGCAGACUAGAAGAGAAAUUCAAGGACUCCUUUCACCUAGUUCUUUAACAAGUGACACGUUUCGUGUAGUGACAGCUAUUACAUAUUUCUUAGGUAAAAGAAUGCAUGCAACUAACUCACUGACUGAAGUUCUUUGAAAUUCGAUGCACCUUAUAUUUGUGUCUCUGCUAUAUCAGUUGACAAAUCUUAACGAGCGUUGUUAUUUAGGUAUGUGAAAUGUGGCUUGCUUAGAUGCCUUGACUUUGACAAGCCGAGCAGUUUCGAACCUGUAACUUACUAGAUGGUGGAAGUAGAAAAGUGAUAUUUACUGUCCCUGUUCAUUCUGCAAACAGGUCAAAAUAAUGAGCGUCAAGUGUACUUUAAUGUAUAUACGGUGGAUUGAUCACUGAGUAGUGACUUGUUUCGUCAUGACCACAGGCGAAGCUUACUGACGUGUGCGAAAACCGAUGAAGCCUAGGUCGGGGGUUCCUUGUCCAGCAGCCACCUUACAUAGGAUGUUUUGAGGAUG